AGGAGGCUCCGCCCCGGCUACACAAUCUCUGUAUCUAUUGACGACAGUAGCGCACAGCUGCCUGCAGAGCCGGACAGAUCAAGUGUACGAGGCGCUGCUCGAUUGACCUGCGCCCCGGGCAAAUUACUUCCAGUGGAUAUUUGAAUAUUUUAAGAAGAACAUUCGCGAGGGGGAAUAAAACCCCGUUUCCAAAGGAAUACGGAUUUCGGAUAGAAAAAAAAGUUUAAAUUGUGUAAUUACUGGAGCGAGUUUUCGGACUUCAUGAUGAGCGCUGUUGUGGCCACUGAGGGCCUCUUCUUUUCCGCCUUACAGCCCAGCACCUCGGUCACCACAUAUGCGAUCCCGACCGAUGACCAUGCCAGGGGGGAUCAACUAUCCAAAGCCAGACGCGUCCAGCAGCAGGUCCAGCAGCGCAUGGCGGAGAAAUCCUCCUCAUCCCGACUCAACGCCUCCACAGAAUUUGAUGGCCACACGUCCACUAUAAGAUACCAAACCAGAACCCCGGGAUUCAGUUCCAAGUCUGUUAUCUACAAUGGCAACAGAACAAUGGCGACGCCUCGACUGUCUCAGUACGCGGGAGAAUUUUCCUCUCGCUCUGCAGUAGAUAUGGGCACUCGGCACAGAAUCAGUCGUGGCGUGCCUAUGCCUGCUGUAGUGGGCCGCCCGUACAUGUCCCAUGAUGAUGCACGUCUGAGUGGCUCUUACAACCAGAGGCAAACAUUGGAAUCAAGGACGCUGAGUGGGACUGACCAGGAGGCGGCAGCAAUGGCCGGACUCACGUUACAACGGCAGUCAUCUCCAGUGGGAAACUGGGUAGCGUCCUACGGCCACAGUUUUUCGCCCAAUGUGGUGCAAAGACAGCGCACCCUCAGUGGGACCCUGGCACGAGAAGGUUACAGUACAGGAUAUAGGGAGGCAGAGUUGGCUAAUCAAUAUUUAUUUAAAGGCCCUUCCCACCGAACCAUCAGCCGCAUAAAUAAUCGUCAGGGGCAGCAGCAACAGCAGCAAAGGCUGAGCAGCAGCUCAAUGCAGUGGCAGCAGAUGUCCACUGGGGGCAACAGUAUGAUGGGUGCUGGGCAUUACCAGGGCACCAUGAAGAGAGCGGGGUCUGUGCAUAGUAUGAAGAGUGUCGGUCGUGGUGUGGACGUUUAUGACGGAUUGGCCGAUGGAACCACAGAUGCUCUUGGCGGAAUCCAUAACCUGGACAUGACUACAGCAAUCAGUUACAUCUCUUCUUCUGAUGUUGCCAUGCAGAUGUUGGGAGCAGCCUACAUACAGCAUCAGUGUUACCACAGCAAUGAAGCCAAGACCAUGGUGCGCAGCUUGAAGGGCAUCUCAGCAUUAGUACAGCUGUUUAGCAGUGAGAACCAAGAGGUUCAGCGCUAUGCGACAGGUGCUACACGCAACCUCAUCUACGAGAAUAUGGACAACAAGACAGCACUUAUCGAAGCCGGUGGCAUUAGCAAACUAAUUGGUGCUUUAAGAGAACCCGAUGAUGAGCUACGCAAAAAUAUCACAGGCAUUUUGUGGAACUUAUCUUCUAAAGACAGUCUAAAGGAGCGGCUGGCCAGAGAGGGUUUAUCUGAGCUGACGGAGAGAGUGCUGGUGCCUCUGUCUGGGGCAGGAGAUGCCGGUGUCAUUCAACAGAGUGCCUCUGAGGCUGAUAUUUUCUACAACACCACAGGCUGCUUCAGGAACCUGAGCUCGGUGAAUGAAAGAACCAGGCAGCAGAUGCGGGAAACUCGAGGGCUGGUAGACUCUCUGGUUGGAUACAUUGAAAACUCCCUACAGGAGGGAAAAGGAGAGGACAAGGGAGUAGAAAACUGUGUAUGUGUCCUGCGCAACCUGUCGUACCAGCUGUACUCUGAGAUCCCUACUUCAGUUCAGAUGCGUUUGGAAGGACCCACUCGAGCACAGGACACGCGGCACAACGACCCCAUCGGCUGCUUCACACCACAGAGCAAGAAAACAAAAGAUAGGAAUCAAGACCUGACCACCUUCUCUGAAGUGGCACGAGUCCCGAAAGGAGCAGAGUGGCUGUGGCACCCUAAGAUAGUCGCUCUAUACAACCGCAUCCUGCAGAGCUCUGAAACAAACACGGCCACACGCGAGGCAGCGGCAGGAGCCCUGCAGAACAUCACAGCGGGUGACAGAAGGUGGGCCUCUGUGUUGAGUCGUGUGGCACUGGAGCAGGAGCGGAUGUUGCCGGUGAUUCUUGACCUGUUGCGAAGCCCCACAGAUGCCGAGCUCCGUUCUCUCACGGGUCUGCUGAGGAACCUCUCCCGACACUGCAAAAACAAAGAUGAUAUGGCUACCAAAGUGGUGAAUAUUCUGGUGAACAAACUCCCCAGUGAUGGACAUCAGAAAGAACCUUCUAGUGACGUGGUAGUCAACACCUGUGGGGUUCUCAACAACCUGGUUACAGGAAGUUCUCUAGCUGCGAGAGAUAUCACUUACUUUGAUGGACUACCCAAGCUGGUCAGCAUUAAGACAUCUCAUGACAACAGUCCCGGGAAGCUAAAAGCCGCCAGGGCCGCCUCCACCGUUCUGUCCAACAUGUUUCAGUACACUAAACUUCACAAAGAUUACAAACAGAAAGGGUUCACAAGACGGGAUUUCAUGGAUAUGACCAUCUAAUCUCUGUCCAUGACUCUGUGCUAAACUCAGUGGACAAGAUGGAAUUAGACGUCCAUGGGAUUUUACACCAAAGUCACAAAGGGAAUGCGACCAGCCUUUUUCUCUCAAACACACACACACACACACACACACACACACACACACACACACACACACACACACACACACACACACACACACACACACACACACACACACUUUCUGACCUGUAGUGGAGUGAAUAAACACUAAAGUUUUUACUAGAGUAUAAAUUUUAGUCAGCGGCACCCUCAAGUAUUACAAUAUGCCGGAAAGAAAUGCUUGCAGAGCACUAAUUCUAACAGACAGGCUGAGAUGCACACUUGUGUGUGUUGUUGAAUGGUUGAAUUAAUGAUAUGAACCCGAAGCUUAUUUGAGAGAAGGCAGCUUAUAGACAUGAAACAUUUACAGCCAUUAGUUCCAGUAGCAAGUUCCAGUAUACCUGCUUAUUUUACAUAGUUUUGAAAUGCAAGCCUGUCCAUCUUGUCCAUUUUAACCCAAAUAUGUAUUUUUAUUUUGCACACAUAAUUCAAUUUUAUAGGCUAUAAUCAUGAAGUCUGGAAAGAUCAACUGAAGUGAACUGUGAACUAAAAUGUUGUAGUUGUUUUGAACUAAAGAAACAUUUUGUUGGUUUUGCAAUAAAUAUGCAAUUUUUGCUUUCCACGUAACUCUGCUGCAGGCUUUUGUGGUUGUUACAGUUAGAUUAGCCUUGGAUUUUGAGUGCAAAAGAGAUUCUAAAUGACAUUAUAUCUGAAAUAAACCUUUAAAGCCUUGCUCUGAAAGCACAAAUAUGACUAACCUAUUGCCUUUGGAAAUAAAUAGAAAUACAUAUUUGAACAUUUGUAUGUGUCAUUUCCAGAGAAUUUUGUAGCAAAAUAAUUUCCUGCCUUGUGUGCCAUUUGCAAAGAUUAAACAAAUAACCACCAAUAAUUUUGA